AUGAAGAGCUCGACCUCGGAAGUCGACAUCGCCGCUCAGAUCGUGGAGAUGGCUCGGUCUGGUGGCUCCGGCUUGCCGGGCAACCGCAGCGCGGCAGGUGCAGGAGAUGCGGUUCUGGUUCGCUGGAGCGACGGGCACUGGUAUGCUGCACGCAUCAGUCAGACUUUCGAGGAUGGCCGUCACCAAGUCAGUUGGGCUCCUCCCUAUACGACCUGGCAGCCUGAAAGUGUGGCAGCAGACAGCAUCAUUCCUCGCAUGAAUCAGCCGCGAGAGAUCUGCAACUUCGACGUGGCCGUGGCCUUCGUGAAGAGACUCCUAGAGCUGAAAGCCGAGCAAGAUGCCGAGAUGCAACUGGAGGUGGUGUACCACUGGACUCGAGAAGAGAAUGUCGCCACAAUUGUUGAGAACAACCUGCGGCCACCUGGCUCCGCAAAUGCCGAUGGAACCGCAGUGAAAGUUCUGAAUGGAGAAGCAUUGGGACGAGGCAUCUAUGCUGCAACCAACAUCGAGUUCGGGCGCUCCUACGGCUUCGGCCUUUCCUGUGCCUUUCUGUGCUUGGCAGUUCCAGGGAUAGUUCGUGCUGAGAAGAGAAGCGGCCAUCGCCAUCGCCAUGGCCAUCCACAGGGCCUCUGCGAAGGUAGCGACUGCUACCGCCAUGGAGAAGUGCGUGUCUACCGGAGAUCCGAACACGUCCUCCCCCUUUUCUUUACCGACGCUGCGCAGGCAGCCAGGCUCAAAGCCUGCGCAGGGGAGAUCGCAGAGUUUCUCAUUUCCAAGGGCCUUGGAACCAAGGAAAAGGAGGCAAAAAAGGCUUUCAAGGUGGGGCAGGCCGUGGAAGUGCUUUGGAGCGGUGUUUACUACAAGGCCCGGAUUGCCAAAGUGCAUCCUGGUGCCUAUGACGUCCACUGGCUGCCUCCUUACGGUGGAUGGCCACCCUCUCGAGCUGUUGAAGAUGCUGUGCGCAGAUACGGGUAG